AUGGUGGACAUCGACAAAGUUCUGGUGUCUUUGGGUAUAGGCCGGUACCAGUUCAUGGGUUGCGUAUUAUUCGGUCUCAUGAUAAUGUAUUCAAACGUAUCACCGGUCACCUACGUCUUUACCGCCAGUGAUUUAAAGUACAGGUGCGAAAUACCGGAAUGCGAUACGCCGCACCCGGAAGGACGUACGUACGAGCCCGAAUGGUUACGGUAUGCAAUACCUUACAGAAACGAUACGAAUCAGCCGCGCAAGUGUCAACGGUACGCUGCGUUGUCUGGUCCUUCGGUAAACGGUACGCGAUGCUCGUCCGAUGGAUUCAACGGCAGCACUAUCGAGUGGUGCCGCGACAGUGGUUGGGUGUUCGAAGAUUUCGAAAACACCAUCGGCACGGAGUUUGGACUCAUGUGCGAAGAUAACAAAUGGAAGCUGUCGAUGGUGGGAACGAUCAACAACUUCGGUCAAUUUAUCGGAAUACCAAUGUCAGGAAUAGUCGCUGACAGGUAUGGCCGAAAGUUUACUAUGGUGUUUUGUGCAGCUAUAUCCGCCGCGUUAUGCAUCAUUCAAUCGUUUUCGACCAGUUAUUUGAUGUUCAUGAUUUUGGAAUUGUUGUCUUCGACAGUGUCCAGUGGAAUUUACACAGUCACUUUUAUAUUAGCAAUGGAGUUGUUUUUGCCCCAUCAGCGUGUACUCUAUUAUUCGAUUCUAGAAUGUUUCCUCCCGAUUGGCUCUAUUUUAGUGGCUUAUACUGCAAGCUUAGUGAAAGACUGGAGGCUUUUGUUGCAGUUAGUCAACAUCCCGGGAUUGCUGUUCCUGUCGUACUUUUGGCUAACGGAAGAAUCGAUGAGGUGGUUAGAAAGUCAAGGUAAACACGACAAAGUGAUCAAUACGCUUAAGAAAAUUGCUGCUGCCAAUAAAAAGCCAUUUCCCGACCUGCAUACAAACACCCAAACACAGAGCAUGGAAUGUUUGGACGAAAACGAUGCAAAGUUCAGCACCAUCUUAAAAGACAUAAUCCGUUCUUCGACUAUAUUCUGGAGGAUGAUCAGGUGUUCAUACGUGUGGAUAGCGGUAACCCUGGUAUACUAUGGUCUUACGAUAAGCUCGACGGAUAUCGCCGGAGACAAGUUUCUGAACUUCUCGUUAGUGUUGUUCGUCGAGAUACCGGCUUGUCUGUUGAACUGGUUGAUAAUGGAAGGCAUGUCAAGAAAAAUGUCACUGUGUUGUAUGUUCGUGUUAAGUGGCGUCACUUGCGUCAUGUACAACUUGACGUCAGUUGAAUUCUUCUUAAUAAGGCUGACGCUGUUUUUGGUCAGUAAGCUCGCAAUAUCCAUCGCGUUUUGCAUAAUUUACAUGCUUACCGCUGAGAUAUUCCCCACCAGGAUGCGGGCCACCAUGAUGUCCAUGUGCUCAAUGCUCGGUCGGAUAGGGUCCAUGUUGGCGCCUCAAGCCACGUUGCUGACGGAGUACUUUGGCGUGUUUGCGACAAUGCUGGUGUUCGGUUUGACCGCGCUUGCGGCCGCGGCCAUCACCAUGACCUUACCGGAAAGUAAAAACAUCAAAUUGCCCGACACCAUCAACGAAGCCGAAGGAAUCGGGACCGAUGUCAAACCGAAAAACAUCGAAAUCGACUCGCCGUAGAGUUCCUAUUACCAUUUACCACUAUAUAAUAAAAUAAUACCCAUGUAUAACAAUACCUACGCUCGACGUCAGCAUAGUAUAUUGUUUUUCAAAUACGUUUGUAUAUCAUGCGCGCAGCCGAGAAACGUUUUUCUUUUUAUGUCGCAGUAAUGUUUAGAUAUUGCAAUAUCACUCACGGACCACUAGUUUAUUUAUUAUGUGCGUCUACGAUCUCCGGAUCGGGGACCGCUCAUGAGUGAGAGAGGAGGUGCGGUCGCACGUCCGAUAAACCCGUUGACUUAAUUUUAAUGUUACCGUAAAACGAUUUAGUGUAAUAGUGUAUCUACCUAUAAAAAUUAUUAGCUAAUUGCCCUUUUUCAGUUUGUCUACGCUUGUCAUUUUAACAUAGUGUUUAAGAAUUAAUUAAUUGUAAAUACCACUCAUAUUAUAUAACUGUUUCAAACUGAUGUACAAACGCCUGAUUGAAAGGCAUAGAACUACACGGUUUGACUUUGUAUACUCGUAUAAUGCUAUAUGAAUACAAUGAUACUUAUACAAUUAAGAAAAUGUAUAGAAAUAUGUUUUUUAUUUGUGUCAAUAAAUACACGAAGUAUGUAAGUAAUA